AACAGACCGCAAUGAUUUAGAAGUUCAGGAAUCCCGUGUGACGUCACCGCGGGUGAUGUAAUGCUGCUGUAAAUAGAGCUCAGUGUCACCGGCUCGGUGUUAGCGCGAGGAGCAGCGCUCGUGUCGGUCUGUGUAACUUCAGGCUCUGCACUUCUCAGUGAUGAACACUGAUCAGGACGGGCUAUAUGUAUGCACUGCUCCCGGAUGCACUCAGCGCUUCCAUAGAGAAGAUCAUCUGAUCGUACACAGGCACAAGCAUGAGAUGACCCUCAAGUUCUCCUCCAUUAAGUCUGACAACACAUUGUCAGAUCAGACUCCGACUCCAACACGCUUCCUGAGGAACUGUGAUGAGGUUGGACUCUUUAGUGAUCUGGAGCUCAGUCAGGCAUCAGAUGAAGAAGCUGAGGAAUCAAAACAGACCUUUUCAGGUCAGGGUUCAUCAGGAGAGACUCAGAGUGAGCGUCAAGGCUCCCAGCAGCAGCAGUGUGCCAUGGCUCAGUUACACACAAGCCUUCUGCACACACACACCUCCCACUCUUCAUCUCACUGCUCUAUGGUACGACACACCACCAACACACAGCCAGUCCCCAGCUGUCUUCACAACCAGCAGCGCCACCCUGUGGCGUGUGCCAUGCCGGCGACCCCCUCUGUGCGUAUGAACACACAGUUACCAGUGAACCCCAGGAUGACUGACAUACCAGGACCUACUCUGUCCAGAUCAGGACCUGCACCUCAGAGGUCGAAGGUCAUGUUUUGCCAGACUCAGUCAGAGGCUUCCAACCAGAAUCUCAUGGGUCAUAUGAUGGAGGUGAUGUCACCACAGCACAUGAGAAUGGAGCUACCGCUAACACACUUGCCAGCAUUGCCUCAUCAGUCUUAUCUGCAGCACAGCUUGAGCCAGUCACAGCAGAGACAGGUCCAUCAGCAUCAAAGCCAAGAGCAGUCUCCUCACAGCUGUGCUCACCAUUCACCCCCUGAACACCUACACCCAGGCCCAGCGCAACCUCCAGCGAAACACCUCACACAUCAUCAGACAUCUCCAGUUCCCAAAAACACAGUGUGUGCAGAAUCUCCUCCGCAGACAAGUGGAGGGAAACGCAAACGCUCAACAGACGAGGAUCCAGAUGAGCGCAGGCGCAAGUUUCUAGAAAGGAAUCGAGCAGCAGCAUCACGCUGCCGACAGAAGAGGAAGAUCUGGGUGGUGUCACUGGAAAAGAAGGCAGAGGAACUUACACACACAAACCUGCAGCUACAGAACGAGGUUACACUCCUCAAAUCAGAGGUCAUUCAACUAAAGCAGCUUCUGCUGGCACAUAAAGACUGCCCUGUUACUCUGAGACAACGGGAAACACAAGAUGUGUAACGACGGAGGAACACCGGAUCCACUCGCACUGUGACUGACUGGAAGAAGCCAACUGAAAGAGCUCACCCUCACUUUUGCCCAGUGGGGUUUCCUCAGGGACGUUCUCUUCUGGCAGGAUGUGUGUAUGUUCCUUGUGUAUGUUCCUUGUGCACUUUGUUUGUUUUUGCCUCAGAUAAACCGUUGUGUAUAAAGAUCUAAGGAGAACAUUCUUCACUUUUUGUAUGUAUCGAUCAGGGGAAUGUAUGCUCAUGUAAAUAGAAACAGAUAGUUUUGUAUGACUUUGGAUUGCAUCUGCACCUUCUGCUCUGACCUGCACUUGUGUCCUCGUGUGUCCUCGUGUGUCCUCGUGUGUCCUCUGGAAGCAGUUCUACGAGCGCUUUUUUCAGUGAACCACUCAGGUGUCACGUACCAAAUGAAACUGAACUAUCUUAACUGCUUCAUUAACUAUGUUUAUAUCAUUUACUUAUACUGUAUAGGAGGAAUUAUCCAGAUAAUCUUCCGGUUCUGGUGUGAACACAGACGGCACAGAUACCUUAUUUCCCACUGACAUAUCACACUUGAUCAGUGAGCAGAUAAUAAAAUCCUGACACUGUGCCAAUAACACCUUUUGUGCAUUAUAUACAGCGCAGUGUUACAUGUUUAAAACGUGUAAAAUGUGUGUAUGUUGGGGGGGGGGACAAUCUAAAUGCUGUAGCUGAAGACAAUAUUUUCCAUGUACAGUUUUCCAAAAA